AUGACCGCCUUGCUGGUUCUCAGUCUUGCGGCACUGGCCGUGUCGCAAACCACUUGUCAAUCAGUCACGCUGAACCUCCAGCAGAAGGUGCCUGCUGGCGCUUCGAAGCUCAUAGACUCCUCGUUCCCGAGCUUUGCGAUUCAGGGGAGCUCGUUUGCGUCUUACACGGGAAAUGCAUCUCACCCAAAUACCUUUUCGCGAAACCUGAUUCGCUCCGUCGAGGAGCGCACCGGCGGCCCUCUCGUCGUUCGCGUCGGCGGCACAAACACAGACUACUCCAACUUUAACCCAGACCAAGCCCUGCCCGUCACGCCGCCCCAGCAAGGCGCCGGCAUCGGACAAAAGUUUGUCUUUGGGCCCGUCUUCUACGAGGGCUUCCGCAACUGGCCCGGCACGCGCUGGGUGUACGACGUGCCGUUCGCCAAGAGCAACAAGACCAAUUCGCAGUACGAGGCACGCGCCGCCGUCGACAACAUCGGGCUUGAGAACCUCGAGGCGUUAGAGAUUGGCAAUGAGGUCGACCUGUAUGUUAAGCAGGGCUCGCGGCCCGGGGGGUACGGGCCCGCCGAGUUCUCGGCCGAUUGGCGCGCGUACGCGGACUGGCUCGUGGGUGCGCUAGGGCUGCCCGCUGGGCCGUUGUUCCAGACGUUGACUCUGUCGUCGGCCCAUGCCGCUCCUUUCAGCGCACAAUCCGUGUUUGAUGCCGGAAUAACAGACGGAAACUUGGUCAAAUCAGUUUCUCUCCACCACUAUGAAUACACAAAUACCACCACUGGCCUGCAGUCCACCUUGAUGAACCACACGUUUGUCAAAGACGGACUCAACGCCUACCUUCCAGACUUUGAGUACAUGCAGGCGCAUUACUCAAAUGUGCAGGUCGUUCUAGGCGAGUCCGGGAGGUAUACCGACAAGCAGAGCUCCAUUGACCAAUCCGAAGGCAUCUUUGGGUCAGCACUCUGGACAGCAGACUACCUGCUGUACGCAGCGUCCUUGAACGUAACGAGGGUAAACAUGCAGCUUGGGCAAGUCUUUGGCUACGUCGCCUGGCACCCUAUAGCCUUUGACGGCCUGCAGCCCGAGGUGCGCUCCCCAUACUACGGCCACCUUCUCGUCGCCGACUUCAUCGGCAAGAGCAAGGCGUUCCGGGUCAGCGAGGUGCAGACAAACGACGACCUCGUCGCCGCCUACGCCGGGUACGAGCAGGACCAGCUGCGGCGCGUGGCCAUCAUCAACUACAAGGUGUGGCAAAAGGGCAGCGGAGCGCGUCCGGCGCGCACGUUUACGCUGCCGGUGCCGCGGGGCGUCCGAUCCGUCAAGGUGCAGACGCUGACGUCUUCCGGGGGUGCGAGCGUCAACGGAACCGCGUCUUGGGCUGGCCGCACGUGGACGUACGAGAACAAUGGCGUUGGGGAGAAGGUGCCGGGCCUGGACGAGUUUACGACUGUGCCUGUCUCCGGGGGUAGGGCGAAUGUCAAAAUUGGGGCCAGUGAGGCGGUGAUUGUCCACAUUUGA